AGAUUUUAUUGGCACACUUUGAGUAUGCAACAAUUAUAGGUUCGUCCAUUCAAACAAAUUAGGACAGCUGCUACACCCUAACACAUUAUCGACAAAAAAAAUAGAAGAUACAAAAAUGGUAAUACUACAAAUUCAAAAUGUAAUGAUUUAAAGGAAGGGAGAAAAAGAACUAUUUAAAUAUCAGAAUCAGCAUCCAAACACCCGGCCAAUCAUGAUCAAGGAAGAAAAUCGUAAAAUUUCUAAAUUCAGGAAUCUGUUCGGCAAAGGCGCGGUUCGAAAGAGCGAAACCUACGAAGGCCUGCGAAUAUCCAGGCACCAGAGCGAGAGCUGUCCUUUGGCAGUCAAUCCAAAGUGGAUGGCCGUUUCUAUUCAGAGCGAGGGAGGGGGGUCUUUCGUGGUUUUGCCCCUUUGGCAGAAAGGACGUAUAGACGAUAGCCGGUUGCCCCAUUUUAGCGGUCAUUCAAGACCAGCCAUAGAACUAGCCUGGAACCCGUUCGAUGACGAUGUUCUAGCUACGGGUUCGGAGGAUGCUACAGUCAAGAUUUGGCAGGUCGCCUCUCCGCAGUGCGACGCUCACCACAAUUCUUCUAUCGACUCAACCCUACUCCUAAACCUCCAAAGACACGACAAACGAAUCAAUUGUCUAUCCUGGCACCCCUCAGCUAGCAAUAUCUUAGCCACCACUUCCUGCGAUGCUAGGGCUAUAAUAUGGAACACGGAAACCGGGCAAGCCUUCCGAACCAUAGUAGAUCACGAGGAUUCCGUUUGGGACUUGGCGUGGAAUUAUGACGGCAGUCUUCUGGCCACGACUUGCAAGGACCGAAUGCUGAGAAUUAUAGACCCUCGCAAGGGAUCCACCGUUGUUGAAGCUAGAAGUCACCAGGGGGUCAAAAGUUCUAGGGUAUUUUUCGUUGAUAGAGACCCGUACGGGGGUGCGCAGCAUUACAUGAUAACCACCGGGUUUUCCCGAAUGAGCGAAAGACAAAUCGCCGUAUGGGAUCAGCGCGACAUGAAAGAACCGCUCAGCCUUGAAAUCGUUGAUUCCUCUCCUGGUGCCUUAUUCCCCUUUUUCGACCAAGAAACUGGAAUCCUUUAUAUAGGCGGAAAGGGAGAUGGCAACAUACGCUUUUACGAGUUCAGAGCUUCCUCUUUACCACCUUCCUAUUCAACUCAUUUCACUAUUCACAACCCGUCCUCUGAUACCAUGUCAGAUAACGAAGAUGCCGUCGAACAACCAAAAAUAGAUGAGGCCCACUUGCUGUCCCAUUUAGGGGUCUUUCAAACCUCGGUACCACAAACCGGACUUUGCGCGAUGCCCAAACGAGGGCUGGAUACCUCCAUCUGCGAAAUCUUUCGAUUCUACAAGCUAAGAGCCGGCAGCACGUCGGCCAAUAACAUAUCGGUCGUAGAACCCAUUUCUAUGAUAGUACCUAGAAAGAGCUCUGUUUACCAGGAAGAUUUGUAUCCACCGACGGCCAGUCCGAGACCCGCUUUGCAAGCUAGCGAAUGGAUUUCGGGAAAAAAUAGCAAUCCCCUCUUGGUUUCUCUUAAGAAUUUUGCCGGCUCGUAUACCGAAGAACCUCCCCCUAAGCCCGGUCAAAAGCCUUUAUCCCAACUGGGAGUCCUGAAAUCCAAAUUUAUUCUCAGGGGAAACGAGAGAACGGAAAAUGGGUCUCCUAGUAUUUUAAAUGAUCUCCCACCUUUACCGGCUACUCUCCUCUCCGUCAAACCCAUCGCGCAACCGGUGAAGGUUACUAAAACGGCUGCACUUUUGAAUCGGGCGUCUCCAAUCUUCGAAGAACCUUCCAAAUAUGAGCUGCACGAGAAAUCCAAGAAAAAAGAUGAAAUCACCCCAAAAAAAUUACACUUGCCUACCAUUCCGCUUUCCCGGCUUUGUUCAUCGUCCGCCUCUGAUUUAAAUACGAGCGUCAGAGAGGACGGCCAUAAAAAUGAAAAAAAAAAAGAAAUGUUAUACGAAUCUGAUGAAAUUGCCAAACUACAACAAGACAUUCAAAGACUCAGGCAAAUCAAAUUGGUGGCCCUCAAAAAAGCGGAAUUGGACAAAAAAAACGAGGAAUCGAUGGAUACAGAAGGACACGUUUACAAAGGUAUUCUAUCUCAUGGCGACGGUAAAAGGGACUCAAAGGAAAAUGUCAAGAAUUACAACACUUUACCUAAAAAUCUUCCUGCUAAACAGCGAGACAUCGAAUUUCGGGAAAAUACGAAACCCUUUUUCAUAUCAACCACGGUUAAGGAUAAGGCCAAAUCCUUUGUCAAUGAGAGCCUCGGCAAAAAGUUGACCAAUGGCAAUGUUUUCAAUACUAAAGAGCGAAAUAAAUCUUCCCCUGGCAUGCCCUUCUUUCUAAGCCAGAUUAAUCGGGAAGGUCUUUCGACAACCAACAAGCGGUGUUCCUUUCCCCCUUCCAUAUCAUCGUCCAAGAGUAGUCUUAACACUAACAAAGACCAUUUUAAAGAUCGCCCAUUUCCCACAAUACUCGAGGAUAAUAAAAAGGCACUGAAGCCCAUAGAUCACCCAAGAGGCACACAUGCAACCUUAGCGAAGGAAGAGUCCUCGACAGUAUCCCCUCCCCUGACUUCAGAAUCUCCUACAUCUUCUUCUAAUCGAUCCAAUCGUUCCUCCUCGCCCCACAUUAAAUAUUCCAAGGAACUCCCCAAAACAGCUCACUCGACGGAACACAAAAUUCUUCACAAGCCAACAGAUGUGAUCUCCAAUCAUACCAUAUCAACUAUAGCUACUGCUCCUUCCUCCAUAUUACUUUCGCCUGGGACUAGCUCUCUAAGUACUACUGGUUCAAUGAGCCCCGUCUUUUCGGAUUUUGAACGCUCGACAUCCCCUCGUAAUACAUUAGCUCAGAACUCUAAUUACCGUGCCUUUUUCGAACCCUCAAGCGGUGGUCUACCCGACAGACGUAGUGACCCGCGCAAUAGAGAUAAAGGGGAUAAUAAUAUGGAUAGAGGUGAGCGGAGAAGAAAAUCGGAAAGCAUGAGGGUAACUACUCAUACACCACGAACCAUUAGAACUAGAGCGGCUGGUGACGGGAGAGCCGAAGAUCCUUCACCAAACCGUAACCUCACCACGACCUUAUUAUCCGGAAACGAAAGGCACAAAAUAGUAGAACAUCGCGCUUUGACCACUCCAGCCCCGUAUGUCGAAGAGGCCACAGCACUUUGCAACGAGUUAAGGGAGGAAAAUCGUGGGUAUCGAAUGGAGAUAAGCCUCAAAAAUAGGCGAAUUAUUGAGCUUGAAAAUGAGGUGGCCCAAAAAAAUAGGAAAAUCAAAGAGUUGGAAGUUGAGUGUGGCUUGGACAAACUUUACGCCACUCUCAGAAGUCCCAAGGUUAAAGAUAACAGCACUUAUAUUUCUUAUAACUCGAAUCCUUACAGUCUCAAGGACCAUAAUCAAUACGUGGAUAGACCUCAAGCCUUCAACGGUCACCAUUUUACCGAUAAUUAUUCUAUGAAUAAAGAUGCUAACUACCAACAUUACUUGACUGCUAAAAAACCUCCUCCCUCCGUCCCAGCUAAGUUUAAAUGGCGGACCGAGUCUAGUAAACCAAGCAGUUAAUGCUACCACAAAAAAACGACUGUUUAUGCACCCUUUUUUGGAAACCAAAACAUAUUUUUUUUAAAAAAACUAAGUCGAUUGUUAUAUUCGCUAUUGUAUAUUAAGAAAAUUUUGGAGUAUUAACUGGACUGAAGAAUUAUUAUUCUAAAAAAAUUUCUAUAUUUGAAAUUAUAAAAUUAUUAGAAAUUUUUGCCUUCAAAAUUAGAUAAUGUUUAACUUAAAUAAUUUAUUCGCGAAUUUAUUUAUUCUUUAAAUAAAGCAAUUAUAAUGCUGCAUUAUUAUUUUUUUACCACUCAUAGUCACCAAACUUUACCUUAAGCUUUAAAAAUAUCAUAUUUAUAUUUUUCACUC